AUGGAGAGAGAGAAUUACAAACCAUCUUUAGUCACUCCAUUGAUACAAUCUUGUGAGGAAAAUGGGCUCAACAAUGGAAGGGACAGAGUUGGUGAAGAGGGUAUUAAGAGAAAGCAAAUUCUUGAAGAAGUGAAAAGGCAGUUAUGGUUAGCAGGGCCUUUGAUAGCUGUGAGUUUAUUGCAGUAUUGCUUACAGAUGAUUUCUGUGAUGUUUGUUGGUCAUCUUGGUGAGUUAUCGCUAUCUGGCGCUUCCAUGGCCACUUCCUUUGCAGCUGUGACUGGUUUCAGCUUUUUGUUGGGAAUGGCGAGUGCUUUGGAGACCUUAUCUGGGCAGUCAUAUGGGGCAAAGCAAUAUCAUAUGUUGGGAAUACAUACACAAAGAUCUAUGUUUGUUCUUUUACUUGUGAGCAUACCUCUUGCAGUUAUCUGGGCAAACACAGAGCCUAUUCUAAUUGCUGUAGGCCAAGAUGCUGAUAUAGCCACAGAAGCCGGGCGAUAUGCCCGGUUCAUGAUCCCGAGCAUAUUCGCCUAUGGUCUUCUUCAGUGCCUAGUCAAGUUCUUACAAACCCAAAACAUUGUUUUCCCAAUGGUGGUUUCCUCUGGGAUUGCAACUUUGCUUCAUAUACUUUUGUGUUGGGUAUUGGUAUUCAAAUCUGGACUUGGAAGCAAAGGAGCUGCCUUGGCGAACUCCAUAUCUUAUUGGAACAAUGUGCUGUUGCUAGCUCUUUAUGUUAAGUUUUCUUCUUCGUGUGCGAAAACUUGGACAGGGUUUUCUAAGGAAGCCUUUGAAAAUACUCCUACGUUUGUUAGACUUGCCAUUCCUUCAGCUGUAAUGGUUUGCUUAGAAAUGUGGUCAUUUGAAAUGGUAGUUCUUUUAUCAGGCCUUCUUCCCAACCCAGAGUUAGAAACCUCUGUUCUCUCUAUCAGCCUAAACACAGCCUCAACUGUUUGGAUGAUCCCUUUUGGACUCAGCGGUGCGGUGAGCACUCGGGUCUCGAAUGAAUUAGGAGCAGGUCACCCAGGAGCCGCUCGUUUGGCAGUGUGGGUUGCGGUAGUCAUGACUGUCACCGAGGCAUUAUUGGUGGGAUUAGUUCUUAUACUGAUACGUAAUAUCUGGGGUUAUGCUUAUAGCAAUGAAAUAGAAGUGGUCAAAUACGUUGCGAAGAUGAUGCCUAUACUUGCAGGAUCCCACUUUCUAGAGGGAUUGCAGUGUGUUCUUUCAGGAAAUGCUAGAGGAUGUGGGUGGCAGAAGAUCGGAGCAUAUGUGAAUCUUGGAUCAUACUAUAUAGUGGGAAUUCCAUCAGCUAUUUUAUUGGCUUUUGUCUUCCACAUUGGUGGAAAGGGUCUCUGGUUGGGGAUAAUAUGCGCGCUCGUCGUGCAGUCUUUGUUCCUUCUUGUGAUCAGCAUAAACACCAACUGGGAGGAACAAGCCAACAAGGCUAAAGAGAGAGUUUACAAGUCUGUAGCUCCCGUAGAAGCGGUCUCUUGAAGAUUAAACGCGACCGAAAUAGAGAAACUUCAUUGCCUAAUUGAGGGAGGAAG